AUGGCGAUGGACGAGACUCUGCUACAAGUUGAAGCCGUUGAGUGGGAAACCGGACAGCGGGAGGUGUUCAUACCGAAGGUUAACAAAGACAACAAGCUGGAGUUUGAUCUUCAAUUUGCACGAUUGUCUCGAUUUCCCGAGGAAGUUUGUGAAAUGAGGAACCUGAAGGUAUUGAGACUUUGUAUAGACAACAUACACUCUAUACCCAAAACUAUUGGCAAACUGAGGGAACUGGAAGAGAUUUAUUUGGUUACAAGUCAGUACGACGUGGGUGAUAGUGUACCUAUACCAGCAGGUUUCGGUCUGCAGGAGGUCCCUACUGUUGUUUGUGAUCUUCCAUGUCUUAAGGUUUUGUCUGUGUGUGGUAACUCUGCAUUCCCAUUGCUGUUUGAUGAGCUAAUGUCAUGUCAACUGCCCAGUACUCUUGUGGAAGUGAAAAUGGCGCAAUGUGGUUUGACACAAGCGACUUUGUCUGUGAUCUGCAACAAUGUGAAACUGCGGAGAUUGGAUUUAUCAAGCAACGAUCUGCAGUCUUUCGAAUGUAACAACACAGGAACGAUACGAAAGUUAACAGUCUUGAAUGAUUUAGAAAAGCUGUAUUUGUCAUGCAACUACAAUCUCCACACAUUUACAUUAGCAGGUCUCACCAAGUUGAAAGAGUUGGAUUUGAAUUUCUGUAACAUACAGCAGCUACCAUCAGGAAUGAGUGACCUCCAUCAUUUAGAGAAGCUGUAUUUGGAAGACAACAACCUAGGAGUAUUUCCCACAUUUUCAUGUUUGCAGUGGAAGCAUUUACAAAGAUUGAAUUUAUCUGGCUGUGAUUUAGAAAAGAUACAGUGGGAGUUGAUGUCACCUAACAUUUCCUCUAGGCUGAAUCUUUCUAAUAACAAUAGAUUAUUGUGUCUUCCUAACAAUAUAUGGAAUGGACUGAACGUGAAGAUAUUGAGUUUAUGGAAUAGUGGUAUAUCAAGUAUACCCAAUACAGAAGUCAAAAUUGAGGAAGUUAACUUGUCAGGAACUCCUGUCACUCAUCUUCCCAGGAAUUUUGUCUUUAGCCCUAAACUUCAGAAAUUGGUUGUGGAAGGAUGUCCACUAGUGUCUCCUCCCAUUGAAGUGUGUGAACGAGGCAUCACUUUUAUAAGAAAAUAUUUGGAUGAGCUGAAAAGGGAUGGUGGAGUACGACGUGGCAGAAUAAAGAUUCUAGUGAUGGGAAUUACAAAGGCAGGAAAAACAAGCCUCGUUGAAGCACUGGAGAGUGGUAACCCAUUUCUGGCAGAACUCGAUGAGAGAACUGUAGGUGUGGAAGAAACAACCAUGAAGCUGGAUGAUAAAAUAGAAUGCAAAUUGCUUGAUUGUGGUGGGCAUAAAGCAUACAUGCUCACCAACCAGCUUAUGGUUAGUGACAAUUCGUUGGCACUGAUUGUUGUUGACGGCAGUUUGUACCAGUUUACUGCUCAAUGUUUUCGUUGCUAUAUUGGAGAUUUCCUUCAAAUUUUGUACGAGAGAAACAGCAGAGCUCACGUUGCUGUUGUGGUCAGUAAAGUCGAUCUGAUGGCCAACAUGUCAAGAGAAGAAAUGAGUAGAAAGUGGAAUGAACAUCUACACACUCGUCUACGUCAAUUCCUGGAGAUCAGACAAGUUCAGAUCAAGAGAAUGGCAGCAACCAUUGCAGCCAGUGAUUCUCGUGAAAACAAAUACGUGUCGGAACAUCUUCAAUUUCUUAAAUCUCAACAAAUAACUGUUGAAGAAAAGGUAAUACUGACUAGUGCAGCCACACUUGAAGGAGUGGUCAGUCUAAAGGAUCGUUUAAGACAAUUGUGUGUAGAUGAACGUUUACUGCCUUCACUGCACACAGAGUUGCCAUCAUCAUGGGUGACUGUAGAAGACAAGUUGGUUAUAGCACAACCUCACACGUCUGUCCCCAUUACAGAUGUCUCUUAUGCAAUGCAAGUGUGUACAGAGCACGGCCUGACAGAAGAAAUGUGUCUUGAGCUACUAAUCUACCUGAACCGGGUUGGAAGCAUUCUGUAUUACUCGUAUCAAAAGACUUUAUCACAAGUUCUAUUUCCUGUUCCAUCAUUUGUGGUCAAUGUACUGAAGGCUGUUUUCAGACACGAUCAUCAUCUUUUAGAAUAUGACUAUCGCUUUAUUGGAGCAGACAUAGGUCCCAAACAGUUUGAAGAAAUGAAGUCUGACCUUGUUUGUAACGGCAUUGCGAGGGUGUCUAUGCUGCUAGCAUUGUGGAGUGAGUUCCACCUUACUGCAGAUUGUCAUUUGGAUGUGUUUAUUAAGCUUUUUCUUGCUCUUGAUUUUGCUUAUCUGACUGGCUCAUCAGAUGUUGUAGUUCAGGAACUGGCAGACACUCUUGGUAGACACGCGAUUACAUCAACUGUCUCAAUGUCUACAGACACCAUCAGCACGACAUCAGAUUCAUCUAUAGACAUAGACACCAUCAGCACCACAUCAGAUUCAUCUAUAGACAUAGACACCAUCAGCACGACAUCAGAUUCAUCUAUAGACAUAGACACCAUCAGCACGACAUCAGAUUCAUAUAAUCAAAUGAGAGGAGAAAGUCAGCAAGCAGAUCAGGCAAGCAGGUACAAAGAACUGAUUUGCAAGCUAAAACAACAUAAUGUUGGCUUGUUGUUGCCAUGGUUACUCAAUGAUAAGGAACCAGAUGAUGUGAGUCAACGUUGGUGUGCAGAUGUAGCAUAUGGAGUGAUGCAAGUUGUGGUCGACUAUUCAUUUGCAUAUGAUUGUCCUUUGGGUUUGUUUGAACGACUGUCUGCUCGUUGUCAUCGUCAUCAUCCUAAUUAUAUUCGUCACUGGAGCAGUGGACUGCUGAUGUGUUAUGGUGCGAUGAGUUUGCUGUUUAGUUGCAGCAAGAAUACUUCCCCUGGCUUUCUACGUCUCAGUGCUAGAGUAGUCAAGUCACAUCACAGUGUUGGCAGAUUGUGGCAUGUUCUUCUGCGUUGUGUGUCAGAUGUGGAGGAUCUUCUGCAGUCUGUUCCUGGUGUUCUUUUUGAUCGAUCCAUCUGCAGUGAGAGUUUGACGACCACAAGUAUAAGUUCUCUUCCCAAUCAACAUAGACAUGUCAUUCUAAAUGAAAAGUGGGGAUCAUUUGCAGUAGAAACCAUAGCUGGAAGUUUCACUGGUGAGAUGUCAGAACACGUGGAAGUAAUGAAACAAGUGUGUCCAAGUGUAAAGGAAGGUAUUCCUCUGUUUCAAGUUGUUUCACCAGCAAGUGGUGAUUUAGUGAGUCAAAGGAAGCUUGAACAGAUAGCAGCAGAUAUAGGAAAGUGGUGGCUUAAACUAACAAGUAUUAUUGGUACUGACCAGUCUACAGUGUCGGAGCUGUAUGAAAAGGAUUCCAACCCUAGUUUUGCACCAGUAGCAGCAUCUCGUAUAUUGAGUGAGUGGCAAAAAUCAAGAAAGAAUGAAUUGAAGGUAUGUGAAUUGUAUGAUGCUCUACUGGUUGCUGACAUUCCAUCUUCACCACAACGGCAUUUGAGUGAUGUCAUGUCACCCGAUGCAGCAUCUGGAUUAGCAAAAUCUAAAGAGACAGCUGCACAUGGUGAGACAAGUCGAGCUGACUCUGAGAUGGUCACUCCACUCAUCAUAGAGAAAGUAGUCGAAAGUGGUUCAGAGCGUUGGCAUGAAAUUGGUAUAUACCUUGGAGUUUCACAAGCAAUGCUGACUGAAUUUGAUCGACCUCUGUACACAUUAAAAGAAAAAGUACGUAAAGUUUUGUCAGCUUGGACAAAUGAUAACAGACAAGCUACAGUUGGUCAGUUGUUGUCUGCUUGUGAUAAAGCUGGAGUAGGUGGAAUAGUGAGGAGAGUAUUGGAGCUUGAUACUCCACACUGACUGAAUUUUAUUUUAUUAUAUUUACAGAAAUUUAUGUAUUCUAAUUAAAUAUCAGUUGCACACGAAGGACCGACAGGCGAGGCUUAUUGUUAUCCGGGUA